ACAUUGGUAGGACUGAUAUGCCUGGUUAGUUGAUAUGUUACUCCUGUAGUAAUAUCUUGACAGUAAGGACACAGGUAGGACAGAUAUACCAGUACUAGUGCUAACCUGGAAGGAGCCAGCAUGUCUGAUACACAAGGAAAGUGUCCUAUGCCCGUGUAUGAUGGGUGUAUGCUGCCAAUGUUUCCUAUCCUGUUACCAAAUGCUGACAAACAGAUGACUGCCAUAAGGGACUUCCAGGCGAGAGAGAGCGAUAUCCUUAUUUGUAAUUUUGCGAAAACAGGGACCAACUGGGUAUACGAGAUUCUGUCUAUGCUGGUACAAGGUCAUUCAACGUACCUUAAGGAUCUUAAAACGAUUGGUAUGCUAGAAAUCAUAGAUCUGACGACCUUGACCGACAUGACGUCACCACGUGUGCUCAACACUCACAUCCCGUACCGCUUUUUACCAAAGCAGCACUUGGUCAAGGGAUGCAAGAUAGUGCACGUGCUCCGCAAUCCUAAAGACACGCUUGUGUCCUGGUACAACCAUACUAAACGCGACUCUCGUCUGAAACACGACAGGACAACAGAGGAAGAGGAGUUCCCGGGAACCUGGGACAACUUCCUCAGGGAUCAGAUAGAAAACAUACAUAAUACCUAUGAUGGUUUCUUCAAAUUCGAGAAGGAUUGGGAGGCUGCCAAACGUUCUAAAGCCGUCACCAACGUCCACACGAUGUUCUACGAGGACCUUCAGAAGGAAACAGUUGCCGAGAUAAAACGCCUUGCAGAAUUUUUAGAAGUACCUGCUGACGAAGAACUGGUGAAGGAUAUCGCCGACAAGUGCUCAUUCCAAAAGCUACAAAAAGCAGCCAUAGCGAUCAAAUCAGGAAAAGUCCCGGUUACGGAAGGGGGGAUAAAGUUUUUAUUUAGAAAAGGAAUGGUGGGAGACUGGAAGAACUGGUUCACAGUGGCACAAAACGAACGGUUCGACGAACUUCUGGACAGAGAACUAAAGGGAUCAGCUCUGAAAUUUACUUAUGAAAUAUGAAAAAAAGUACUGUACACCUAAACUAUCAAUUUCCAUUAAAGGUGUUUAGUAACCAUUCAGUGUAGAUAGACGACACUGUGGUGAAAAAAACAUCCCUAACAGAAAACAAG